AUGAACCUCGACUCAGAUCCUGCGCUGCCGCGAUCCUCGCGAAAACAUUCGCGAACCAGUGAUCUUGAAGACGACGUGUCUGACUGGAGCUCCGACGUCUCUGGGCGCUUUGAUGACGCGGCCGAAGAGCCUGGAUUAGAAGAGUACCAGUCAUGUGAAGCAAAGCCGGCAAAACGACGGCGCUCAAAUGACUGGCCUCUCCCCGAAGAAGCUGCAGAUUAUGGACACCCGGAUCGCCGAGUCGCUCGCAACGCAUACAUCACUGACGGCGCUGGCGCUGGCGCUGGUCCCGGCCCCGUCCCUGGCCCAGGCUACAGAGGGUCUCCUCGGGCGUCACCUCGAACCUCGCUCGCGUCACUCCGGGGUCGUACGGCUGCCGCGUUGACCGGUAGUCCCCGGGCUCGACUAGGUCGACGAUCGCGAUUUGUCGAGGCGAACAUGUCGGAUAGCAUCAGCGAAGAGCCUCCCACCGUCUUCGUCCAAGAUGCCAAGCCGCCCGGUCCUCGACAUCGUCCUUCGGGGAUCUUCAGGUUCGGCAAGGCAAUUGCUUCCGCGUUCAACCCAUUCGGUGGGUGGGGCCGUCCGAGCCCGCCGCCUCCUAAAGAUACCCUGACGCAGGCCGAGGAGGCAUAUGCUGAGCUCAAGAAAGCAAGGUACAAGGGCACAAACAAGGGCUCCUACAUGCAGAGGCAGAACGUUGCCUCCGCGACGGCUCGUGGUGCGGUUGAUCCUCAUCACGCGGAUCAGACAUGGCACACGUUGCAAAGCAAAUUCAAUUCUGGCGCGGAAGGGUCCUCGACUAUGAACUCGCAAGCAAGCGACCGAGGCGAAUACCAUGGACACUCUCGAUCAACAUCCAAGUCCUCAAAGCGUUCCUCGUUCCAAGACUUGCGGUCCAUUGGUAUCCCAUUCGUCAGAUACCAUGAUCUGUCAUCCGCCACGUCGGUCUACCAAGAACGGACGUCGGAAGAGUCAAUUGACAAUACCACUGGUCUGCGGAAACAAAGAUCACGCAAGGAGAUCUCUCGCCAGACCAAGCUCCUCAAAAAAGUCAGCAACUUGGAAGAUAAAUUGGAAAGAGCCCGGCGAGAACUUCGUCAACUUUCCGGCAAUGAGGAACGACUGCCUUCCACGGAUGUCGAUCAGAAGCCCUCCAAUCUAGACAUGGACCCGGCCAGUUAUCCUCGUAAAUUUGUGCCGGGGGCUCUGCCAACCCUGCCAUCCGAACGACUUCUCGACCAGCACGCCGCAGAUGUCGAUCGGCCUGGAUCGUGUACCCCGGAGAUCACCGCCCUCCCGACUGUUGAGGAGAGAGAGAACUUCUCGCCAGGCCCAUCAACGGGUGGUUUCAGCAGGCCCGUGUCCAGGUCACCGAGUAAGCAGCACGGUGAGACACGGCAACCGUCAAUGAGUAAGACUACCUCCUCCCGCAAGAGGAAGUCGGAUCCUGAACAUCUCGAUAGCCGGCAUCCGAAGCCCCUUGAGUCCCCCACGCCGCAGCGUCUCAAUAGCAAAGCCGCCGAUCACGAUCACGACCGCGGCUCUUCGCUAAUCACCGAGCUGAUCAACGACAAAACGAACAAUCUCGAUACGCUGAGCCCACCACGUCCAGCGAAAUGGCAGAAGCAAGAAGCUGGUGAUAGCCCCGGGUCCGCAAGUCGCAAGCGCGACGUAGACCGCGACAAGACCCUCGAUGCGGCACAUAAAAAAUCACCACAUCCGAAAGCUCGUGGAUCCUCUCCAGCAGCAAGUCGGUCACCACAGUGUCAAUCCGUUCUAUCGCCCGCUUCAUCCAAAGCCGGUCUCCCGCGCAGCAGAAGCCAAUCUAAUCUGCGAUUCACCUCCCCCGCGGCCGUGAGUCCGACCAAGACCAUUCCCGAGUCUCCCGCUGGCACCGGAGGAGGAGUAGGAGGACCAGGCGACGAUGUGUUUUCAUCCUCCCCGGCGUUCCUGGAAAUGCCACAUGCAUUCUACCUGCAAUCACAUUGUCAGCUUGAUCCUGAUCGAAAGCCUCUUCCGUCGCCCACAAAGCCCCAAACAACCCGAAAGCGGAGCCGACAUGACAGCAGUGACAUUCCUCCCGUCCCGCCUCUGCCCCAGGAGCUUCUGAUGAACAAUAAUGUCCAAAUUCACCGAUCCCCCAUCAAGCGAAUGAAUUCGACCGAUCAGCCAGUCGACAGGGCAGGCGACGCAGGUGCCGAGGCCAUGGAUGAAGACGAGGUCGCGUCGGUGCAGAGUCCUCGGCCGUCAUUCUUGGAGAACUAUCCAUGGCCUGAGACCAUAUUUUGA